AUGUACAGUCCAGUAUUAUAUGCUGUGAUAAGCGUAGCGGUUAUGUCAGUGAUGGUCUAUUUUGUGGUGGUCACUUACUACGAGUGGCCCAAACAAAGCAUCGUGGUCGCUGUUUUAUUAAUACUGCUCAUGGUCGCAUAUUUAAUGAUCGGGGACAUUGACGCGCGCACAGCUAUUGGGAUCUUAUUGCCAGCCAUUAUGGCCCUCAUAUACGCCUAUCUCAUUGACCGGGAAUUGAAAUCUAGGACAAACUGUUUGCAAACAGCCGGCUUUGUGCCAGAAAGCAACCGGGUACUUGAGCUUAUAGCCCUUGGAGUUUGUACUGCACUACUCGCACUAAUCUCGGUUACAUUGGUCUACUUUAUAAAGGUGAUCGAUAAGGAGAGGCCUAAACAUUGCAUACUUGUAAUUGCUAUUCUUUCACAAGCGUAUUCAAUGGCAUUUAUUCUCAUGCUGGAUGUAUACAAAGUAACAAAUAUGGUGGAUGUGGUUGUACCUAUAUUAGUACUCUUGCCGGCAAUUAUGUCCCCGAUAUACGCCUAUCUAAUCUAUGACAUACGCGACUUCAAGCACACUUAUAUAAAAGAAUUAUAUGUGGCAAUAAACGUGCUAAUCAUGGUGGUGAUGAUGUAUUUCCUGGUUGUAACUUGUGACGAUUGGACUAAGCAAGUACUUUGGGCUCCACUGUUUUUAUUAAUGCUCAUGGUCGUUUAUUUGAUAAUUGGUUACUACGAAGUGGGCACAGCUGUCGGAAUAUUGCAAAUAACAAUUACGGCUACAAGAAACAAUUUGCUCGCCGUAAAAGAAUUGUAUGUGGCAAUAAACGUGUUAAUCAUGUUCGUAAUGAUAUAUUUCCUGGUUGUAACUUGCUGCGACUGGGCUAAGAAAGUACUUUGGGCUCCACUGUUUUUUUUAAUGCUCAUGGUCGUUUAUUCAAUAAUUGGCUACUACGAAGUGGGUACAGCUGUCGGCAUAUUGCAGAUAUCAAUUACAGCGUUAAUAUACGCCUACCUGAUUGAACUGAAAUUAAAAUCGGACAGGGAUUGCCAUCAAACAAUCGGGUGUAUUAGGGAUGGUAACAGUGAUGGCACACCUGAACUACGCGUAUGUCUACCACCGGAAAUAAGUGAAACGAGUUUGUGCGCUGAGAAUCUGGUG